AUGACAAGGUAUUCCGGCAACGACUUUGUCGCUUCCGUGAACCUUCCAAUUCGGGAAAUUAUGGAAAAGGCACCAAAGCCCAACCCAGAAACUGGUCUCUAUCAACUCGAGGACAUUCCAGAAUACGCCCCAGUGCAGAAGAGCAGUGGCCGAUUUGCGAGAUUGGGCCUGUCUCGGACGGCCUCUUCUCAAAGCUUGAGCAAAGCCGCCAGACCCGGUCUUUCUAGGCAAAAUUCCACAGCCGCAAAGGAACCAUCGGUGGCUGGGACUCCUCUCCAGGUUGCUGUCGACGGUCCUUCGGAUUCCAGUCGGAGUUUCCUUCCCCCACCUAGCCCGGCCUUGCUGCCCCCUGGGGAGAAUCCCAUUGCGGCCGCGGGUGCGGCUGCUACGGCUGGCGAGGUUGCGCCCCAAUCCGAAGGAGACGAUGACUUCACUUUCUUGACUCUUCCCCUGAAGAUGAAGCACCUUGAGAAGUGGGAGUCCAAGCACAACCCUCAACUCUAUCUUCGCAUCAAGUACAUGCCAUACCCCGCGCUGAGACAGCAGUUCUGGCGGGCACUCCUGAAGCAAUACGACGCGGAUGAGAGCGGGCGCAUCAGCAAGGUUGAGCUGACCACGAUGCUGGACACCCUCGGUUCCACAUUGCGCGAGUCUACCAUCGACAGCUUCUUCCAGCGAUUCCCCCAUAGGAUAGAAGGGGACGACUCGGAUGAUUUGACCAUGGAUGAGGCUGUCAUUUGCUUGGAGGAUCAGCUGGAGGCCAAGUCACGCUCGACCACGCAGGGAAUGGUCGACAAGGUCAAGGACAACGUAAAGAACCUCCUUCCUGGUCACGGCAAGGACUCUGGUACCACUAGUGAUCUGGAGGACGGCGAGACUUCGGCCGGCGGUUCGCAGCUUGCCGAUUCGACCCUCAACGUACCGGAUCUGGGCGCCUCGGGUGAGGAAGGAGACCUGCUUGAUCGUGAUGACUUGAACCUCUCAUCUAGUGGCGAGGAACACGUCGUGGAGAUCAAGGAAUGCCCUAUCUGCCACCAGCCUCGCCUCAACAAGCGGAAGGAUACCGACAUUAUCACUCACAUUGCAACUUGCGCCAGCCAGGAUUGGCGCCAAGUCAACAACCUUGUAAUGGGCGGCUUCGUCACCUCCAGCCAGGCCCAGCGCAAAUGGUACUCCAAGGUCAUCACCAAGAUCUCGUACGGCGGUUACAAGGUGGGAGCCAACUCGGCCAACAUUCUGGUGCAGGACCGCAUUACUGGCCAGAUCAAUGAGGAGAAGAUGAGCGUCUACGUUCGACUCGGCAUCCGCUUGCUGUACAAGGGUAUCAAGUCUAACAACAUGGAGACGAGACGCAUCCGCAAGCUCCUCAAGAGCCUCAGUGUCAAGCAAGGCAAGAAGUACGAUGACCCGAACUCCAAGGCUGAGAUCCCCAAGUUCAUCCAGUUUCAUGGUCUCGAUUUGUCCGAAGUCGCGAUGCCUUUGGAGGAGUACAAGACUUUCAAUGAGUUCUUCUACCGCGCACUCAAGCCCGGUGCCCGCCCCUGUUCCGCUCCUCACAACCCAUGCAUCGUCGUUUCUCCCGCCGACUGCCGCUCCGUUGUCUUCAACAGCAUCGACACGGCCACCAACGUUUGGAUCAAGGGUCGCGAGUUCACCGUCAAGCGUCUGCUUGGCGAUGCCUACCCCGAAGACGUGGCGCGGUACGAGGGUGGUGCGCUCGGCAUCUUCCGUCUUGCGCCACAGGAUUAUCACCGCUUCCAUAUCCCCGUUGACGGCAUUUUGCGCCAGCCCAAGACGAUCGAGGGGGAGUACUACACUGUCAACCCGAUGGCUAUCCGGUCCGCGCUGGAUGUGUAUGGCGAGAACGUGAGAGUGCUGGUGCCGAUUGACAGCCCCGAGUUCGGCCGCGUCAUGGUUAUCUGCGUUGGCGCCAUGAUGGUCGGUAGUACCGUCAUUACAAGGAACGACGGUGACGAGGUAAAGAGAGCUGAGGAGCUCGGAUACUUCAAGUUUGGUGGUAGCACGAUUGUUGUGCUCUUUGAGCCGGGCAAGAUGGUGUGGGAUGAGGAUUUGGUGCAGAAUUCCAUUCUGCCUUUGGAGACUUUGAUCCGUGUUGGCAUGUCGGUCGGUCACGCGCCCAAUGAGCCGCAGUGGACUCCUGAUAUGCGCAAGGACGAGGCCGAUAUCACCUCCGAGGACAAGGCCAAUGCCAAGCGCCGUAUCCAGGGCCAGGUCGCCGAGGAGUCGCCGGAGGACAGCGGCAAUGAUGAGAUGAUCUCGACCAUGCCUAGUGAGGUGCCCCCUCCCCCGGCGAUGGGACCAUGA